AUGGAGGGCGGCCGAGCAAGGGAUGAGGUUCGCGGGGCUACGACACGGUCGGCGGGCGAUACGGCUGAGCUAGAGCGACGGCUGGUGGGGCGGACGACGAUGACACAGGACAGCGGAGGUGGGCGGAGGAAGCAGCAGCAGCAAGCAAAGAUGGAGGGAGGGGGCUGCUCGCGGUUCAGCUCAUCAUCGCAGUAUAAAUCCCCAGGGUUACUCACUGGGGGACUUUGGAGAAAUCAGUGGAGGUGUUAUUCUAAGAGAAUGGCUGAUUCUGGAGGCAGUGGAGGUUCAGGUGAGGAACAUGAGCAUAGGCAAGGAUCUCAUCCGAGUACAAAUCCAAGCUCGUGCUCCAGGAAAGGGAAGGGGAAGACAACGUACCAUCGUCACACUACACAGCAGACACAGAGGCUAGAAACAUUCUUCAAGGAUUUCCCGCACCCUGACGAGAAUCAACGGCAUCAACUGAGCAGAGAGCUCGGGCUCGACCCUAAACAGAUCAAGUUCUGGUUUCAGAACAAGAGGACUCAGAGGAAGACUCAAAAUGAACGAGCGGAUAACACAGCUCUACGGGCUGAGAACGAGAGGAUACACUGCGAAAACCUCGCAAUCAUGGAGGCACUCAAGAGCGUGAUUUGCCCAGCUUGUGGCGGUCCGCCCUUGGGCGAGGAAGAGAGGCAGCGUAAUUUCGAGAAACUCAAGAUGGAAAAUGUGCAGUUGAAAGCAGAGCAUGCAAAAAUAUCCAACAUUCUGGCCAAAUACAUCGGGAAACCGAUAUCGCACAUUGAAUCGCUGAUGCCUAGACCUAGAUCUGCGGACGUGUCCACCGGAAGUGUCCCCAACCACGGGGUUAGUGUUCGCAAUGUUGACUUAAAUGUGGCCCCCUCCAACCCUGCGACUUCGAGCCAAUUAAAGGUUAUACAAGGAACAGAAAUGGCCAACACAGUGGAAAUUACUGCAUAUGCCAUGGAAGAGUUAAUCAGGAUUGUGCGGAUGAAGGACCCGUUGUGGAUAGAGUCUCCUCUAGACGGGAGAUACUUACUCCAUCAUGACACCUACGAGCAAAUGUUUUCUCGAAACUACCGUUUCAGGGGUUCUGGCGCUCGUGUGGAGACAUCUAAGGAAUCAGUUCUGGUGACUAUGGAACCGAGCAGCUUGGUUAGCAUAUUCCAAGACGUGAGCAAAUGGGCUGACAUGUUCCACACAAUUGUCACCAAAGCUUCUUCUAUCCAAGUUCUUGAAGAGGAAACGCAAGUUAAUCACAGAACUCACUUGCAGCUGAUACAUUCACAAAUGCACGUACUUUCUCCGCUGGUGCCGGCUCGGGACGUCUACUUUCUUCGCCGUUGCCAACAGAUCGAGCCAGGCAAGUGGGUGAUAGUGGAUGUGUCCUACAAUCAGAUGAAAGAUGAUGCGAGCCCUUACAAUACGCGGAGGCUUCCUUCUGGCUGCUUGAUUCAGGACAUGGGUAAUGGUUGCUCCAAGGUAACUUGGGUGGAACAUGUAGAAGUGGAGGACAAAUACCAAGCUCACAAGCUUUUCAGGGAUCUAGUGUGUGGUAGUCACAUGUACGGCGCAGAAAGAUGGGCAAUUACGCUCCAAAGAAUGUGCGAGAGAUUCGCUUACACCAUGCUGGAUGAUGUGCCGACACACAACGCUAUGGAAGGUGCGGUCAUUGUUGUUCCUGAAGGUAGGAGAAAUGUGAUGAAGCUUGCUCAUAGGAUGGUGAAGAAUUUCUGUGCGGGCCUGAACAUGUCCAGCAAAUUGGAUUUCCCUCACCUGUCUGAGGUAAACAACAGCGGGGUCCGUGUCUGUGUACGAAAGAGUGAAGAACCAGGACAGCCCAGCGGCACAAUUGUUAGUGCAGCCACAACCCUUUGGCUUCCUCUUGUGCCCCAAGUGGUCUUCAAUUUCUUCAGAGACGAAAAUACACGCGUUCAGUGGGAUGUACUCUGCAACGGAAAUUCAGUGCAAGAGAUUGCACGCAUACAGAGCGGCACUCAUCGGGGAAAUGCAAUCUCCAUUAUUCAGUCUUCUCUGCAUGCCGAGAACCUGUUGACGCUUCAAGAGAGUAGCAUAGACCCUUUGACGUGCAUGGUGGUUUAUGCCCCAAUCGAUUCAACAGCGGUUACCAUCGCAUUGAGCGGAGGGGACACUUCGACAGUACGAAUUCUUCCAUCCGGCUUCACCAUCUCCAGCGAUGGCAGGGCCAAUCUGGUAUCAAGACCUUCCACCAGCACAAGCCCCAGCAAGCCGGCAGGUACACUUCUCACCGUGGCAUUCCAGACAUUGGUUUCGAGCCCCUCAGGUCCAGAGCAGCUCAACGUGGAAUCUGUGGCGACUGUAAACACUCUCAUUAGUGCGACCAUUCAGAAAAUUAAGGUUGCUCUAAAGUGCUCUGGCCCGGAAUGA